AGCUGGAAGCAUAGUUGUCUUUGACCUCAUCAAGCAUUUCGUCAUUUUAAUCAAUUUCUGCAACUUCUAUAAUUUCUUUCUCGAAGUAGAGAAUCCCCUUUAUGCCUAAUUGUCAGGUGGAUUCCAAAUCGAACUCCCAUGGCAGUAGCGGUACCAGGAGCCAAGAAGAAAAUCAUCAUCGACACUGACCCUGGUGUUGAUGAUGCCAUGGCAAUAUUUCUGGCAUUAAGGUUACCAGAAGUGGAGGUGAUUGGCCUGACUACCAUUUUUGGCAACGUUUACACCACUCUGGCUACCAGAAAUGCCUUGCAUCUGUUGGAGAUUGCAGGGAGGAUAGAUAUCCCAGUGGCUGAAGGUUCCCACGUGACAAUCACCAAAGGUACAAAACUUCGCAUUGCUGAUUUUGUGCAUGGUGUGGACGGACUUGGCAACCAAAAUUUUCCUCCACCAAAGGGAAAGGCGAUUGAAAAGUCAGCAGCUGAGUUUAUGGUUGAGCAAGCAAAGCUUUAUCCUGGUGAAGUCACUGUAGUAGCUUUAGGUCCACUGACGAAUGUUGCACUGGCCAUUCAGCUAGAUCCUGCAUUUUCAAAAAAUGUUGGACAGAUUGCUCUUCUAGGUGGUGCAUUUGCAGUAAAUGGGAAUGUAAAUCCUGCAGCAGAGGCCAAUAUCUUUGGUGAUCCAGAUGCUGCAGAUGUUGUAUUCACGUGCGGAGCAGAUAUUCUGGCUGUGGGGAUCAAUGUUACCCAUCAAGUUGUUCUGACUGCUGCUGAUCGGGACAAGUUAGCGAGUUCAAAUGGAAAAUUUGCUCAAUAUUUAUGCAAAAUUCUGGAGGUGUACUUCUCUUAUCAUCGAGAUGCCUACCAAAUGAAUGGUGUUUAUCUUCAUGAUCCAACAGCUCUGCUUGCAGCUGUUGAUCCUUCUCUUAUUACUUGCACCGAAGGAGCUGUUAGAGUGCAGACUAACGGUAUCACAAGAGGGCUUACGAUAUUAUAUAACAAAAAGAAGAGAUUCGCUGAACUAACAGAGUGGACCGAUAAACCAUCUGUAAAGGUUGCAGUCACGGUUGAUUCUUCUGCAAUUGUCAAGUUACUCAUGGAUCGGCUCAUGGACUUGUGAAAGGUAUUGAUACCGAGGAAGUUUGCAUAGAUGGUGCCUGAUUGGUUCCAUUUCAGAAACUUUCUAACACAAAUGCACUGAGCACACCAUCUUGUUGCUGAGCUAUUUGAAACCAGGCUCUUUCACUUCCCAUUUGAAUAUUUAUUGCUCAAGAUUCCCGGACAAAAAUAAGCAAUGAACAUUACCACCGGUUGAAGUUGUCUCCUGUUUUACUGUAUAAUAUUUUACUUAGAUGCCAUGAUUAGGAUAUUUAUAAUAAAAAAUUUAACAAUUUUGGUUCAGAGAACCAAAUCCUUAUUACCA